UCCUCUCUAAGUUUUCUCCUUUCCCUUUCUUCCCCCCUCACGCAUACUCACUUUCUCGGCCGUAUGCUUGUCUAGGCUGUGGGUGAAGACAGACAUCUCCCUUCUCUGUUUAUAGGAAGAGUUUAGGCUGGAAGAGUGAAAGCAGAUAAGCGGCUUUACUUUAGGCUGCAGGAAAUCCACAGCCAACUAUUGACACCAGCAGUCUGGGACUUGGAGGCCUGCAGCCUGCUAAGGAUCACUCAUCUCUGUUAAGAGCGUGUCUGCCAGCAUUGAGAUGAAAGGAUUUGCCGCUGUUUGAGAUACAGCUAAGAUCUCUAAAACAUUGACUUGCUUUUCAAUUGUUUGUCAACAAAUGCAACCUAGGGAACAGACAAUGCCAUAUUUGUCGGUGCUGCUAGUGCUGCUGCUGGCUUCCCUCUCUGAACCUCUUUCCCUGGAACAUCUCAGGCAUUUAGAUUGGCAGAGGGACAUGCAACCAGGACAGCGAUGUCCGGCAAAGUGCCAACGUGAGCAGUGCCCGGAUGCCAGGCUGCUCCAGAGCUGCCUAUGGGGUCAGGUCCGGGACCUGUGCGGGUGUUGUUGGGAAUGUGGGAAUGGAGAAGGCCAGCUUUGUGACCCCGAACCCAGGACUGGGUCCACUUUUUUUGGUCAGUGUGCCGAGGGACUCCGCUGUAAAGCCCCACGCAGGGAUCCCAUGGCAAAGGCAGACCCCAAGCCUGUGUGUGUGUGCACCAAACAGGAGAUUUUGUGCGGUACAGAUGGGAAGACGUAUGAGAACAUAUGCCAGCUACGAGCAGUGCAACGCAGGCUGGGUGAGCAGAAAAAGGUCAUGGUGGCGCAUCAUGGACCCUGCAGAGCAAAGCCAGUCAUCACCUAUGCUCCGGGUGACAUCAUCGCUCUGGAAGGAAGCAACAUCCUUCUUUCCUGUGAGGUGUCGUCAUACCCAGUGGCCUCCAUCCAGUGGAAGAAAGAGGGAGACAGUACUUUCCUUGCUUCUGAGGAUUCAAACAGAGCCAUACAGGCGAGUGGAGGCCCGAGGCGUUUUGAGCUCACUGGCUGGCUCCAGAUCCACAAGGUCGGCCCUGAUGAUGCAGGAGUGUACACAUGUUCUGCCAGGAACACCUUCGGUGAAACGUCUGCCUCCGCAAGAUUACGGGUUAUACACGGAGGGUCUCAGAAAGGCAGAGAGCUUCCUGAAAGAAAAAAUGAAGCUCACAGCACAUCUAUCAAUGAAGCGGAGAGUGAAGAUGAUGAAGAUUAUGAGGGACAACCAAGUGGAUAUAUGUAUUUGUAAGACAUAACAAUUCCAUUUAUCGAAGUUCUAACUGCAUUUCAGGUCUGCAUAGCAUCAUCACUUCUGUCAAAUAGUUGAUGUCUUAUUUGAGUAAGUACCUGUUAUCUGAGCACUGUAAAUAAACACUUAUUAUAUGUUUCUUUUAUUUCUUAUUUUUGCUAUUUUUAACUAAACACACCAGAUUGAUCUAGCUUAUGUAAAUUCUUUUUUGUUUUGAUGUCAUAGUUAAUAUUUUGUUAAAAAGGAAAAAGCAGAAAACCAGACUUAUGUCUUAGUUAAUGAUUUUUUUGGCAAAAAAAAAUUCUUGCUGUAUCUAGCAGUUUUGUUCACACAGCUUUCAUCUCAUUCUUCACAUCCUCACAUUUACUUCUGCUCGUAUUAUUAAGUCCAUCAGCUGUAAAAAGUCACUUGUGCUUUUGUGUGUGUGUACUUGCAUGUGAGCAUGUAUUUGUCUACACAUCAACAACUCUAUAAAAGCUGAAAAACACUAUCUUGUUGUGCACUUACUCUGAAGCCUCUCCUUUUGUACUAAGUAAACCAUCACUGUCUCCAUAUUUGUCUUCUCCAAUAGACCCACCAGCAGAGCAAGACACAAAAAAAGCACUGAGGUUAAGUUGUUUGAAAGCUCUGGUAUUAAGAGCCGUUUUACACUUAAGAAGUUGGUUUCACUAGGUUUUCUGUUUCCUUCUACCAUAUUGAUUGAUACUCAACUAUCAAUGCAUAAUAGAAAAGCACUCAGAACAAAUGCGGGGUUAUGGCCUUCCAGAGAGAGAGCAGACGAAGCUGUAGCUGAGCGCCAUUAUUGCCCCAUAAAGGAUCCCU